CCCAGAGCCGCUCCCGCUUCGAGAGCCGGCCCCAGAGCCCGUCCCCGCUUCCCCAGCAUGCGGCGGCUGCUCUGCGCGCUGCUGCUGCUGCAGCUGCAGCUCGGCCGCGCUCGCUCCCCGGCCGCAGAGUUGUAUAGUCUGGAAAUAACCAACAAUGGUCCCAUCACAACGGGAGCUCAAGCUACUGUUCAAGCCAGGCUAAGAACGAAGAACGAAAAUGUCACAUCAAACUGGUAUCACUUUAACUGGGUCUAUGCUCCUCUGAUUCUGAUAGAGAAAUCCGAGCAGCAGUUUAAUUCCAUAAUUAAUGUGACUGGUGAAUUCCCUGGCACUUUCCCUGUGUCUGUCUGGGUGACUCACAAAAACUGUUGGUUGUGUCGGCCGAUUGCAAGAAACAUCACCGUGCUCCAGAUUACAGAAUUUAUCACAGGGAACCUCACCAUAGCCCAGAUAGAAGACAGCAGAGUUACCACACAUGGUUCUAGCUCCUCCACAGACACAGUGACCCGGAUUUCUUUCUCUCUUCAUGACCCAAGUCAUUACUUCAAGUCAGCAUCAUUUGUCUACAACUGGGAUUUUGGAGAUGGAGUUUACCAGAUUACCAAGGAGCCCUUUGUCUACUGCAACUGCUCCUCCAGGGGGAACCGCACGGUCCAUCUGAAGGUCGUAGCUGAGUGGGAGCAGACUGGAAGCAUCAUACACGAGAGAGAAAUGAUGCAGAAAACUGGUGAUUUUACCACAGCUCUGGAGCUCUUGGAUGCUGUUAAAAGUAUUAACAUAGUGGGCUCCAGAGAGACUCACGUAAUGGAAAACUUGAAUUUAUCUCUUCAUAUCAAUGGCACCCCACCACUGGCAUUAUGCUGGCUUAUAAAAUCCGAGUGCAUUCCACUUGAAGGUGACAAAUGCCAUCUGGUGGAGAUCAGUGGCUCCUGCUACAACCUCAGCCACACCUUCAGGGACGCGGGGCAGUAUUGCCUCAGUGUCAGGGUGGAGAACGGCGCGACAAUGCUGCAGACCUACCACGGGAUCAAAGUGCGGCCAGCAGGAAUCCACCCAGCUUUCUUUGUCCUGCUCUGCACUGCUCUGGUUUCAGUGAUGCUAAUACUGGUGCUGUACAUGACUUUUCGAAGUCACACACAACAAAAAGAUCUCGUGGAGGUAGCUGACUUUGACUUUUCUCCACUGUCGGAUGAACACCGGUCUAAUCAUUCCAAGUCAGGCUGUGGCCCAGUAUGUUGCAGAUCGUGUUUUCUUCAACCAUCAAAAGAAGAUGCCUGGGAGAGUCAUGAACUUCUACAUUCACUUUACAAGCCAGUCAAAAUGUACACACUGUGAAGAACACAAUUGCACUUUGGUUGCACUGUCUAACUUUCUCACUUAGGCUAAGUCAAAAGCCUGGUGCUGCAUGAAUGGUUUGGUUCUGCCAAUGCAAUGAGGUUCAGCACUUUAAGUCCAGCACUUGAGUACUUCAUUUUCUGAACUUAAAAAGAACAAGAAACACAGUAAAAGUAGCUUUGUAUUUUUAACUUAUACGGGUGUGUACAUUUACAGCUGUAAAUGCAGCAUUUUAUUCUUAUGAAAGAUUGUUUUAUGUGCAGGUUUGCUAAAUUCACUACCUCUUGUAAUUUCUCUGUUCCUUCUGUUCUCUGUUCCAAAGAAGAAAAUGCCUAAGACAAACAUACCUCCUUUCCUAUGUACAACAGCAUUACUGGAAAUGGAAGUCACCCAAAA